CGAAGGGGGCAAGGAGACAAGCUGAGGGACAGACGAAGGGGACGAGGAGGGAGUCGGAGGGAGCACCAGCAAAGGCAAGGAGGGGGGGGAAGCUGCAGCAAGUCACAGUGCAGCCAUAGCUGGCAACGGCGCCGUCCAUUGACGCGCCGGAGCAGGGGGACCCGCAGGCAACCGACGAAGAGUCGGAGGCGGGACCGAGGCCAGGCAAUGAGGCAUUGGAGGGGAACCCGCAGGCGACCACCGACCUGGAGCCCCAGGAUCCACAGGCGCCCCCCGAGCCCCAGCCAAGGCAAGUGAGGGCAAGCCAGGGGGCAGGGCGGGCAGGAACCUGGCCCUGCAUCUGUGACCUCUCCCUUUUCUGGUUACUCAAAGGUGGGGCUCAUGAGGGGAUCGCCCUCGCUGGGGCGAGGGCCUAGGAGACAACAAGGGGGUCCCUGAGGGGUCCCACUCAAGUUCCUCCUCCAAGGAGAAUGGGGUGGUGGUCAGGAGGUCCGGGACCUCCUCGGGGACAUGGACAGGGGUUACAGGCAAGAGGGCAGGAGUCACUCAUGCAAGAGUCACAGGGGCAGAUGGAGCCGUGGCCUGAGCAACUGGCGGCGCUGGGACCUCAGGCGUGGGCGGAGCCGUAGAGGGACAGCCGGCGAGGGCGAAGCGGAAGCCGCAUCGGGUGUUGCUGCGGGCGGCGCCGGGACAGCUGGCGUGGCUGCGGGUGCUGCAGGAGGUGCCAGCAGGACAGGCAGGACAAGAGCGUCAGGCGCCGGCAAGACAGGCGGGACAGGCAGAUCAGGCGCUGGCAAGACAGCUGAAAAAAGAAGUUCCACCCUGAAGACAUUCAGAUAUUUAAGAGGACAAACGGGAGGAUCCAUCACCAUCCCGUGUUUCUAUGGUCAAGAGCAUAAAAACCGUGUGAAAUCCUGGUGUAAAUCAGGAAAUCGCCCCACCUGCACAUCAGCUACUAAAGCGACACAAACCAAGGGGACCAUCACUGAUGAUCCCGAUAACUUAGUCUUCCUAGUUACCAUGAAGAACCUGCAGCAGCUGGAUUCUGGAAAUUAUUGGUGUUUUGUGGGUGAAGGAAGAACUAAGGAAACGUCUGACAGUCUGCUCUUCCUGGUUACUCCAAAUGCUCAGAGUGUGAGGACUGAGAGCUGGGUUUCUGCACCAAGAGGAGGAUCUGUCACCAUCCCAUGUUACUAUGACCAAAAUGAUAAAGAUAAAACCAAAUACUUGUGUAGAGGAUAUGAAUGGGAUUCCUGCUCCAGAAUAGCACAGUCAGAUGGGGAACAGAGUAGAGGGACAGUGUCAGUCUCUGAUGACCGUGACCAAAUGGUGUUUAAUGUGACCAUAAGGGACCUGCAGGAGGAGGACUUUGACUAUUACUGGUGUGCUGUGGAGGCGUCUGCAGCACAAAGCGAUCGUGCCGUUAUGCCCCUGAUAGUCCGGGAAGAAAUUCAUGUCCCGUCUACACCACAGACAGAAUGGAACCAUCGUACAGCACUGAGAAAUGCUGUCCCUUCUCCUACUCCUUUGACAUUAAAGUCAUCUGAAAAGAACUUGACAAGGUCCCAUGAAAGGGGGCAGAAUCGGUACAUUGUGGACUGCCUCAUCCUCUCAAGCUUCGUCAUUAUAGCUAUGCUGCGAACAUGGUACUGCUGCAAGAGUAAUGGACAGGAAGACAUGAGAGCUAAACAGGCCAAGUCUGCAUUGCGGAGAAGGGGGAUUUGACACAAGCAAAAACUCCCUCUUUCAUCCAUUCUGUGGUCCAUUUUCUUUUAUCUGUUUAAAAUGCUUUUGUCUGUGUUGAAUAUUGUCACUGCAUAAAUUUCAAAAUAUAAGCUAAAGAUUCACACUAAGCAUGUGAUGGAAAAUGUGCAGCAUGUUUUAUUUGCAAACAUGUAUUGAUGAAUGUGUCACUUGAUGCUGGGUGUGAAGAUUGACACUCUGUCACUGCUGGCUUUAGCAGUUUUUCCCCCCUUUGAAGCUGGUGACCCACACUUACCACACAGCAAAUGUGCCAGUGUUAAAUUAACACUGCAUGGUGUCUAUAUGUGACCACACCAUUCAGUGUUACCUUUAACACUUUUCAGUGUACAGUGAGUGUUGUUUUUACAGUGUUAAUAUUUAUUAACUCUUAUAGUGUUCAAUUUACAACCUAGAGUUUUAGGACAACGUGUCUCCACCUCUUCCCAAAUUGCAAGCCCCUAUGGGUGGCAUACAAGUACAAAAUGGGUGACCCAUAUCCGCCCUAUUUUAAUGUGCACUCAUUUGAACUCAUUUGGGCAUUCAGCUGCUGUGUUUUACUAACCCACCAUAAUAAGAAAGACUUAGACCAAUAUAGCCUUUUUUCUUUUUAUGCAAGUUUUAUUUCAGUUCAGCUCAUAAUAAUCAAAAAACUGUGCUGAGAAUCCUCUGUGGUAUGAAAGUGUGUGAAAUGUAUGGUACCAAACACAGAUUUUGAAGCUAGAUUCUUUUAGACUGCAGCACAUAGUUAUUUAGAAGGGCUGAAGGAGUGUAUUUCCGCUAAAGCAGAUAUAAUGGGUGGUGACCUCGUUGCUUUUAGACCACAACUUGCGAUAGAACAAAUCAAAUCACUUUGCUCAUUUAAUAAUAAGA